GUCGCGGCCACUUCCAGCCUCUUACCUCUGGCUGGUGCUCGCUUUGCUGUGUAUUUUCCCGCCAUUUCCAGCUCUUCGUGAGGAGAACUGGAUGAUUUCGAAUGGAUUGGUUUCACUGCAACCAGUGUUUCCGAAAAGAGGGGAACGAUUUCUUUGUCACCAGCUGUGGCCAUAUUUUCUGUAAAAAGUGUGUGACUCUGGAAAAAUGUGCUGUUUGUGGAACUGCUUGCAAACAUCUGGCUCUUUCUAAUAAUCUGAAACCUCAGGAGAAGAUAUACUUCAAAAGCCCUGUGGAGACAGCUUUGCAGUAUUUUAGUCACAUCUCUCAGGUGUGGAGUUUCCAGAAGAAACAAACAGAUCUCCUCCUCGCCUUUUAUAAGCAUAGAAUUACAAAGUUAGAAGCAGCCCUGCAGGAGGCACAGCAGACGGUGACCAACCAGGAAAUAGAGCUGUCAGUCUUAAAGAAGGAAAAUGGAGAACUGAAGAAAUGUCUUGCCAUUCUAAAGGAAUCUCCAAAUUGGUACCAAGGAAGCAGGUCCCAAGUAUACCUGAAUGAAUCUCUUCUCCAGUUCAUGGGUUAUCUCACAGGCUCAUUUUUAUGUUUUCCAGAAACCCCUUCACCAGCUUCUACUCACAGCCUAUCUUACAGGCCUUCACCUGCCUCUUCUGGACAGGGGAUUUUUUCUUUCAGACCAUCCCUAAAUGGUGGGGAUUCAUGCCACACAAGAGCCCUCACCCCCAACAAUUCAGGUCAGAGGGAAAGCAGAACCCCACUAGAGAGUCUUUCUGGUUUCCAGCUACCAGUCCAGCAGACUCUCUACGAACAGAGACAGAUGGGAUUAGCCAGGUCAAGAGAAGCAUGGACUAUUUCCAGAUAGAUCGUCUUCAAGGUCUGAUCUAUACAUAUUGCUUAAGGAAGACCUGUAGCACACAGCAUCACAUUAAGUGUGAUGGCCUUGGAAAAUGUUUCCCUGCCUUGUUUCCUGGUUUCACUGUGUACCCUUACUUCUCUUGACCUUUACCAUAUACACUCUGUAUUACCUCCUAGGAAAAUGGUCAGGUGUUAUAUAAGGCUAGUACUUCAGGAGGAUGUUUAGAUCUCUCCCACACUCAUGUAACUCUCUCAUUUCCUGCAACUUAAAGGUUGUAAAAACAAUUCUUGGCAUCACUGGGGGUGAGAGGUAAUAUACUCAUUAAGUAUGGUUUAUUUCUAUAUUUCAUUCUUUUAGCAUUGGAUAUAUUCUUCCAUUGCCAGUGUUAAUAAGCAACAACUCUGUUCCGUGUCCUAAUUUAUUAUACUUCUGUUUGCCUAUUGUUUCCUCUAUUCCUAGUUAACUAUGUUGACUUUCCUUUCUGUCAGAGACCCAGACUUUCAGCUUACUAUAUAGAUAAA